AACCGUCACCCAUACCGAAUGGAAGUUACAAUAGUCCAGGGUCGGUGGGUCCUCCACAAGGCGCCAGCAAGAAAUCGAAACAAGGCUCAAGACCUGCAUCGAGGGAUCACGUUAUGUAUCCACCACCGCCGCAGUCAGCCGGUGCUGCUGCAGCUGGACAAGGUGGUCCACCACCUCAAAUGCAACCCAUGCAAAAUCCGGCUAUUAUGGGUCUGCGAAUGGACGGUCCUCCUGCCUCACCGGCGAGUCCAGCACACGGUAAUUUUCGAAUACUCUUCUUUAAUUUGUGUCUUUUCGGAUUCUUUUCCAUGUUAA